UCUAAGUGUGAGCGUUGUAAUUGGAACCACUGCGGCCAUUAUUAUCAUUAUUUUGUUUGUUUCAUUGAGCUGGGUUAUAGUUUGUGUUCGGAUCUACAAGCGAAGAAAACUGUCGAGAACACAACAACCUGCAACUGACAAUGUGCUGACUCAGAGACCAAUUUAUCCACUGUCAACUCCUUUUGAUGAGACCUCUACAACUGGUCGUACAUCUCAAGUAUCUCUCACCGAUAGACAUCACUCUUUUAAACCAUCUACUGAUAUUGAUGAAGAAGAGUCCACUGCAAACGAAACUCUUAAUGUCACAGGAAAAGCCUCUGAGGGAAGUGUUGAAGAGGUUUCAAGUGCUAUAGCCAAUGCUUGGUCACUGAUACUUGGUAAUGUGAUGAAGCUGCCUGAUCUAUCAGAAUCUCUAAAGAUACCAGGAUCUCAGCUGAAACUGAGCAGUGAUCCCAUUGGACAAGGGGAAACUGGAAUGGUGUACAAAGGUUUACUAAUGAAUUGGAAAGAUGAGCCAUUGCAAGCUGUGGCUGUGAAGACAUUGAAAGGUUUAUUUUCUUCUUCGGAUAUUCAAAUUCUGAUGAGUGAGAUUAUCAAGAUGAAGGAUUUCAACCACCCUCACGUCAUGCCCCUGAUUGGAGUGUGUCUAGAUGCCGGACCCGGUGUUUCCAUGGUGAUGCCACAUAUGACCAAUGGGAGUGUACUGGAUUAUUUGAAAAAGGAGAGAAAUGGUUUAAAAUUGACUGAUAAUUGCAGCAAAGAAAAGGCACAGAGUGUCAGGAAGCUGCUGUUGAGAAUGUGUCAUCAGAUUGCCCUAGGAAUGGAAUAUCUCUCUCAGCAAAGAUUCAUUCAUCGAGACUUGGCAGCACGGAACUGCAUGUUGGACUCGAGUGGUGAUGUCAGAGUUGGUGACUUUGGACUGGCCGAGGACGUCUACAGCACUGGAUAUUUUAGACAGAAUGAACGAGCUGAUAUCAAGCUGCCCUACAAGUGGAUGGCAUUGGAAAGUCUAAACGAUGCCAUCUUCACUGAGAAAACAGAUGUGUGGUCGUACGGAGUGACUAUGUGGGAGGUCUUCAGUGGUGGUCAGAUUCCCUAUCCUGGAGUAAACGUCAGGACUCUUGUCAAGUUCCUACAGAGAGGAAGCCGAUUGGACGCUCCCGUUAACACUGCCUGUACUGCUGAAAUCUCAGCGGUGAUGCAGAGAUGCUGGCUGGAGGAUUCUGAAGAGAGAUCAUCCUUCACUGACCUGUCUUCAAUAAUGGACGCCAUGCUCUCCUCUGUGUCUGACUAUGCUGAACUGAACAUGGAGCUCCCUCAUAAUAGCCAAGACCCCAUAGACAUGAGUGGAUACGACGAUUUAAACGAGUCACUAAGGAACAGAGCAAUUAGGACCAACCCUUACAAGCUCUCAACAAUAGUUUAAUCAUGUGUUUCUAUCGUAGCAGUUGUUACUGAAAUAACUUCACUUGAAUUGGUGCAAAUGAACUUUAUUAAUGUUCACAGGAAUAUGGCAAUUAUUAGCA